AUAGACAAUGGCAUUGUUAAAUUGAGGUUGAUAAAUCCGACUGGACUAAUCAAAGGCAUAGCUUAUAAAGAAAUUCAUAAUGUUCUCGAAAAUCAGUUCAAAGCUGAUCAAAGAGGGUAUUGGGAUAUUGUGUGGAGUAGGCCAGAGAUUGGCAAAAGUAAUUUUGAUAAGCUGGAGUGUUCAAAAUUCAGGAUAAUUGCAAAGACUGAUGAUCACAUCGAAGUUUCAUUCAUCAAGACAUGGAACGCUUCCUUAAGUGAAAAUGUCGUCCCCCUCCACAUAGACAAGAGGUACAUAAUGGUGCGCGGAGUUUCAGGGUUCUACUCGUAUGCAAUAUUUGAACACUUGGAAAAUUGGCCUGACCUCAACAUAGACGAAUCAAGAAUCGCAUUCAAGCUUGAUGACAACAUGUUCAAUUACAUGGCAAUUUCGGAGCAGAAGCAGAGGGUGAUGCCUACAAGCAGGGACAGAGAUGCGGGUAGGGUUCUUGCUUACAAAGAAGCAGUUGUGAUAAGAAACAGCAGUGAUCCCAGCCUGAAUGGUGAGGUAGAUGACAAGUACCAAUACUCAUGCGACAACAAGGACAACCACGUGCACGGAUGGAUCGCCUCCUCCCAGCAUCCCCACAUCGGAUUUUGGGUCAUAACGCCCAGCGAUGAAAUCCGAGUUGGUGCUCCCAUCAAAACCGAUCUUACUUCCCAUGCUGGUCCAAUUGCCUUAGCUAUUUUCUUCAGUAACCAUUACAUGGGACCGGAUUUUGGCGUGAAAUUACGCGGCGGAGAGCAUUGGAAGAAGGUGUUGGGCCCCGUUUUCAUAUACCUCAACUCCGAUUCAGCCACUAAUCAUCGCACUCUCUGGAGAGACGCAAGAAACCAGAUGUUGAGAGAGACAAAGAAAUGGCCGUAUGAUUUCCCAUCAUCUGAGGACUUCCCUAAUGCAACACAACGAGGACAGAUCCGCGGCUGCUUGCUCCUCUACGACGACUAUAUUAGCACCCACCUUAUCCCAGCAAGAUCCGCAUAUGUCGGAUUGGCUCCCCCUGGAGAUGACGGAUCUUUUCAAGAUGAUUCUAAGGGCUAUCAAUUUUGGACACGAGCUGAUAAAAAAGGGUUCUUCACCAUCCAACAUGUUCGAGCAGGAACUUAUAAUUUGUACGCUUGGGUUCCGGGAGUAAUAGGGGACUUUAAAUAUGAAGAGGAUAUUGUCAUAAUUCCAGGUAGUAAGAUUGAAAUAGGUGAUAUUGUGUACAACCCUCCAAGAAGCGGGCCCACUCUAUGGGAAAUCGGUGUUCCUGAUCGAACUGCUUUCGAGUUCUACGUUCCAGAUCCUGCCCCUCACCUUAUUAACAAGCUAUACAUUAACCACACUGAAAAGUACAGACAGUACGGCUUAUGGGACAGAUACAAAGAUCUUUAUCCUAACAAUGAUCUGAUUUAUACUGUCGAGGACAGUGAUUAUAGAAAAGACUGGUUUUUUGCCCAUGUUACAAGGAAAACAAGCAACAAUACAUAUGAACCUACAACAUGGCAGAUUUUAUUUAACCUGACAAAUAUUAAUAAUGUUGGAGACUAUACGCUCAGGAUUGCCCUAGCAUCUGCUACCAUGGCAAAUAUACAGAUAUGGAUCAACGAGCCGAAUACAAGCAAGCCCCAUUUCUCAACGGGGCGAAUAGGCAGAGACAACGCAAUAGCAAGACAUGGGAUUCAUGGAAAGUAUUGGGUGUACGGUGUGGAUAUAGCAGGAUCUCAACUUGUGGAAGGGAAAAACACCAUCUAUCUUAAGCAAGCAACGGGUAAAACUCCUUUUGCUGGAGUUAUGUACGAUUAUAUUAGACUGGAAGCGCCCUCUCAACAAGACUAUUAUUAG